AUGAACGUUCGAAACCGAAAAUUGAUUACUGCUGGAGCCGCUGAAUAUGCAGACAAAGUCCAUUCAACCGUGUAUGUGGAUCCCAUUUUCGAAAAGGAUAUUCGAACCCAUUUUCUGAAAGAAAAUAUUCCCUUAGCGCAAGAGCAAAAACCUGCUCAACCGCGUCCAUCUAUCCGGUCCCCAAAAAAUAUCCUUAAAAGAAACAUUAAUUUUCUCAAGUCUUUCAUUAACCGUCUAUUUACAUCUCAAAAAAAAACAAGAUGCUCAAAUCAAAAGUCUGUUCAAAUCUCUCCUCCCACAUUAGUUAGUACUACAUCCGCUCUUGCACUAUCUGCCAUGCAACAACCAGAAUGCUUCAAUAGUUGA